CCACACUCCCAGUAAGUACAAGUACUUUUAAACGAGACAUGGAAAUGGCUGUGGAGCUUGAAGAUGAUCUGUUCUUUGCAGAUUUAAGCAAGCAAAUCUCUUUGCUUAUCAUGGACGAUGAUAAUGAUGAUGACCCUCUUAUCAGAUAUCCUUCAGUUUCUUUCCAGGGUUUCACCGGUGCAAAUCACCCAACAGCACAAUCUCCAUUUAUGCAAGAACAAAUGUUUAGAAGAGAAAGCAAAGGAACUGGAGUUUUUAUCCCAAAAUCAUCACAACAGCCAAGAAGGAAGCAUGGGGGAGGAAGAUACAGUUCUUCAUUGAGCUCCAAUCCCAACAGGCAGCUUCAUCAAACUACUACAACUAUGGCUUCUCAACCAUCUUUCAGCAACUCUUUUAAACCAAGGAAAGGCUGA